AUGCCUCGAAUGGAGAUGGCCCUUCUCUUUGCCUUGGUCGUUCUGGCUUUCGUGUCUGCUGUGAACGCAGCAGCCCUGUCAGCCAACUACCCCAUCAACUCACAGCUUCCACCAGUCGCGCGAGUAUCGCAACCGUUCCGUUUUGAAUUCGCCGAGCGCACCUUUGCCAACAGUGACUCCGACACCAAGUAUUCGCUCUCAGACGCACCGUCAUGGCUUUCAGUAGACAGUGGCAGCCGCGCCUUGCAGGGGACACCGCACUCAAACGAUACGGGUGCGAAGAAAUUCAAGCUCGUGGCGUCCAACGGAUCACAGUCGGACAGCAUGGAUGUUACCCUCAUCAUUACCGCGGAUAAGGGACCAACCGAAGGCACCCCUCUUGUGCCGCAACUACAGACUAUAGGACCGGUUUCUUACCCUGCAGCGUUGUUUCUGCACCCUGGUCGUUCUUUUUCCAUCACUUUCGAUCCAGCUACCUUCCAUAAUACCCACCCUUCGACGAUCUACUACGGAACAUCGCCCCAUAACGCUCCCUUACCAUCGUGGAUGGGCUUCGAUCCUACGACACUGAGAUUCUCCGGAAACACACCUUCCUUCCCGGGAUCUGGGCCGGAGGUUUUUACUUUUCAGCUUGUGGCUUCUGAUGUCGCGGGUUACAGUGCUGUUAACGCAACUUUCCAGCUUGUGAUCGGCCCGCAUAUCCUGGCUUUCAACGAGACUAUUCAGUCAUACAACUUGACCAGGGGAGACAAGUUCAGCAGUCCUGAAUUUACCAGUCUUCUUUCUAUGGACAGCUCGCCGGUUACUACGAAAGAACUCAAGACCGUUGACGCAGAUCUACCUGAUUGGUUGUCUUUGGACGAGGCAACACUCUCACUCAGUGGUACUCCGCCCAAGGAUGCUGCAAAUCAGAAUAUAACCAUUACGGCAACCGACAGUUUCUCGGAUUCAGCGAAACUCAUGGUCCGUCUACAAUUCAACGAGCUCUUUCUUGAAACCGUUCAGGGCUGCGAAGCUACUAUUGGCGAGGAUUUUAGUUUUGUUUUCAACCAGUCGAUUGUCACCGACGACUCGGUCCAACUCGACGUGGACCUCAGCGAUGAUUUGACUUCAUGGCUCUCCUACUUCCCUGAUAACAAAACCCUCUACGGACACGUCCCCUCAGACAUGAAAGCACAGAAAUUCAACCUCCCUUUGAAAGCACAACAAGGGUCGACCGAGAACACGCAGGACUUCGAACUUGAUGUUCUUGAACCAUCGGACACUCACACUAACUCCUCCGACCCCUUCUCCGACCCAUCUAGCCCAUCGCAUAGGAAAGCGGGUAUCAUCGCGAUCUCAGUUGUCAUUCCCGUGGCGGUUAUACUCAGUGCAAUCAUUCUGUUCUGCUGCUGGCGCCGUAGAAGAAAGACUGCGACUGUUGAGGAAGGCCAAGAACCUUUCCAGGCCAAGUCGUUGCCGCCACCGCGUCCUGUUCGACCGGAUAUGCCGAACUGCCAGCCUGGUGCAGCUGGCCGAGAAUCCCAUGAUGAUAACUCAGACGGCUGGAUGAGCCCGAUCUCGCCAGCCUCAGAAAUUCCUAAACUUGAACUUGGCCCAGAGUGGAAUGUGGCCUCAUUCGAAAAGCAUGAGAAAUCGAUGAGUGUGAUUCCCGAGCCCGUCCCACCACCUCGCUCCCCGAAGCGAGCCUUCGUUCCCUUGCGAGACCCCGUCAAUGAAGAAGGGAAGAAGUCUCCUGAAAAGUCUCCCGGGAAAAGACAAAGCCGCCUUUCCUACUCGAACAGCCCUGGUAUGCGUCGUCGUACUAGCCAACGCUCUCGGCGAGAGCCUCUCAAAUCGAUCCAGCCCCGAGCCAACAAGAAACGCGAAUCCAUCCAGUCCUCACGAUCGAAGCGUUACUCGAAACGGUCCAGCGGGAUAUCAACGAUGGCAACUGGUCUGCCCGUUCGACUAAGCGGUGCUGGACACGGUUCCGGCGGAAUCGGACCCCCCGGCCAUGGAAUGGUUCGAAUGUCCUGGCAAAAUACCGGCAAAUUCUCCAUAAUGAGUGACGAGAGCAGCUUAACAAACAUGACCCCACUCUUCCCCCGACCUCCCGCCGCCGCACGCAUGCGCCACAGCAUGGCAUCCAGCAUCCCCGAGAAACGCGUGACGCUCCGAACCGUCGAGCCAGACGAAUCCACAAUCUCAGAGGCCGACUCCCUCGAAGCCUUCGUUCAAAACCGAGCCAAGAACCGCAACUCCACCAACCCGCUCUUCUCAGCGCAAAUCAGCCGCCGCACCUCAUCCGGUCUCCGCGCCCUAGAACGAGCCCGCAGUAUCCGCAGCCGCGCCGACACAGUCUCCGUCUCCACAUUCAGCGACGAAUACCGCCAAUCCAUCCAAGGCCGACCUUAUUCCACCGCAAUGUCCGUCUCCGAGUACGGCGACGAAAAUAAUCGCUUCUCGCACUACCAGACGCUCCAACCGCCACCGGGCCUCUUCCCCCUCGCCGAGGGCGGAGGCAAGAGCCAAAGCCAACUGAGUCUGGCGCAAGAUUACCGCAACGUCGUCUCGCCACUGCCGCGCUUCUGGAGUGAGACUAGUCUGAGCAGUGCUCGGCGGCUGAAUUCAGGAAAUCAUGGCAAAGCGCCGGUGCGGGGUGGGCAGGGUGUACCGGCUAGCUCGUCCAUUGCUUCUGAUUUGGAAGAGCACUUGUCGAGAAAGGUGUCGCCGAAGGAGAGAGAGGCUGACUCGCAAUCUUGGAGUACAGUGCCUCUGGAACCGCCUCCUCCGAUCAAGAGUGGCAGUAGCCGGGGACUACCGAUUGCGAGUAGUGGGGAGCUUGCCUUUGUUUAG